CAGGGAGAAGUUUUUCCUCAUUACUCAUGUCUUCUAUCAUUCGUCCUCUUCCCGACAACUUUUCAAAACACCAUAAGGAGGCGAGGAGGAGAAGAAUCUGUUAAUGGUCAGUUCAUCUCGAUACUUAAAAACUCCUAAGAACUUCACAAAUCCAGUGUGUGGGUCUUCCAGUGAGUUGGAGAGGAUUGAGGAACCAUGGCACAGUUUGAAACCUUGAUAUGGACUAUAAAUAUUAUAUUGGUGCUUGAAAGCAUUGGAUCCUGUAUUGCAUGUGGUAGAGCCGAGUACAGAAUAGGGGAUGAAUGUUGUCCCAUGUGUUCACAAGGAAAUCGUGUUUAUAAGCAUUGUACUGAAUUCACCAGCACCUCCUGUGUGCCCUGUGUUGAUUCUACAUUCCUUGAUGAGCCCAAUGGUCUCAUGAAAUGCAAAGUGUGUACCAACUGUGAUCCAGGUUUGGGUUUGAAGGUAAAGCAGCCAUGUAGACCUUCAUCAGACACUGUCUGUGGGACACUGGAGGGGUUCUACUGUCUAGACCCAACUAAGGAUGGUUGUAGAGCAGCCCAGAGACACAGCAGCUGUAAACCUGGUCAAUACAUCAGCCACACAGGAACAACAUCUACAGAUACUGUGUGUUCUGACUGUACUGGUGAUACUUAUUCAGAUGGAUCAUUAACAGCCUGCCAGUCACACACUGGAUGUGAAUCCGUGGGACUUCAGGAAAUGAAACCAGGAUUUCCUUGGUCGGAUUCAGAGUGUGGACCACAACUAUCCCAUUCAACAGCUAGAGGCAUAAUUGGUGUUGUGGCAUCCAUGACAGUUCUCAUGAUAUUAGCUGGAGCUGUUUUCUUAUUAAUAGUAGUGAGAAAAAGAAAAAACUCAGAUUCAUUUUAGGAAUUGCAUCAGUAAAUUAUUGUUUAGUGUGUGUGUGAAUUCUUUUUUAGUGUUUGUGUGAGUAUGAGUGAGUUAGAGAGAGUGGUGGCAGGUAGUCUAGCGGUUAAGAGCGCUAGGCCAGUAACCGAAAGGUUGAUUGUUCAAAUCCACGAGACGACUAGGUGACUAAGGUCGUUGUUUUGAAUCGCUGAGCAGACUAGGUGGAAGAAAAAAAAUUCUACAGCUGCACCAUCGAGAGCAUCCUGACUGGUUGCAUCACCGCCUGGUAUGGCAACUGCUUGGC